CUCAGGUAUCAGGUGAAACUGGUCGGGAGUCAGAGCGGAGUGGCGGUGUUCGGAGCGCGGUGAGAGGAUGGCUGUACGCCUCGGGUUGUGCCUGCUGCUGGUGUUGCUGCUUUAUGCGCUGUUGGGAGCUGCUGCCACUGCUAAAGAGAAUGAUGGAUCCAUCAAAUCAAAAGGAAGAAGUUUCAUUGGCCAGAAGGUUACAAAUGCAAAUAAUUCUGAAGAGUUAUACAAGGUGGAUGAAUUUGUAACGGAAGUCCUCACGGGAAAGCUAACUACAGUUUUUCUUCCCAUUGUUUAUAUCUUUGUCUUUAUAAUUGGUUUGCCAACUAAUGCCAUGGCCCUCUGGGUCUUUUUUUUCCGAACAAAGAAGAAACAUCCGGCUGUGAUUUAUAUGGUUAACUUGGCAUUGGCAGACCUUCUUUUUGUUGUCUGGUUCCCACUGAAGAUUUCAUACCAUCUAAAUGGCAAUAACUGGCUAUUUGGUGAAGGUCUUUGCAAAGUGUUUGUUGGGUUUUUCUAUGGGAAUAUGUACUGUUCCAUCCUCUUUAUGACAUGUCUCAGUGUACAACGGUAUUGGGUUGUAGUGAACCCCAUAGUGCAUUCAAAAAAGAAAUCAGAAAUUGCUUUGGGCAUCUCCAUUGCUAUCUGGAUACUGAUUUUGUUGAGCACUAUUCCACUGUAUCUUGUUAAUCAGACGGCAUAUAUUUCAAAUCUUAACAUCACAACCUGCCAUGAUGUGUUGCCUGAAAAUGUUUUGGCUCAUGAUAUGUUCAGUUAUUUCCUCUCACUUGCAACUGGACUCUUCUUAAUCCCAGCAAUCAUCACAGCUAUUGCAUACGUUCUAAUGAUUAAGACCCUGAAUGCUUCCAUCAUAGAUGUAACCACUGGGAAGAAAAGAAAAAGGGCAAUCAAACUCAUUAUUGUUGUCCUGUCCAUGUAUCUCAUCUGUUUCACACCUAGCAAUGUGCUGAUUAUUGUGCACUAUUCACUCCUCAAAGCCUAUAGCCAGAGCCAUAUGUAUGUGUGGUACAUAACUGCGCUGUGUCUUUCCACUUUGAAUAGUUGUAUUGAUCCAUUCAUCUAUUAUUAUAUUUCAAAAGACUUCAGAGACAACCUUAAAUAUGCUCUUCUUUGCCGAAGUGUGCGAACUACACAGAGGAUGCAAGUGUCUCUCUCAUCAAGCAGGAACCUCAAGAAAUCAGAUUCUUAUUCUUCAAACUCAAGUAGGACCAAUAAAUCAACCUACUGAGUUUAAUCUUAGGAAAGUGAACUUUUGUUAUUACUGGUGGAAGGAUGUGAGUGACAAUAGACUUACUUUGUACAAGAGAGUCUGAAGAAACACAUCUGCAUUUUAAUUACAUUGAAGCCUGGAAUUUGGAACUGACAGUUGCUUAUUCUGUGUAGAAAUGAUAAGCAGAUAAAUCUUUGUGGGAAACUGGGGGGAAAAAGAAAGACAUUUCAGAUGCUGUGGGAAAAUGCUGCUGACUUAGAAGUGAGUUGUGGCUGAAGGCAUUCUUGUUGAAUACAAAAGUUGCAUAAAAGCAAAAUGUCUCUGGAAUAUUUGCAGUAUUGUUAGUAUUUUUAGUUACCAGAAAAAUCUGUUUUAACUGUAACUGUAGUGUAUUAAGCAUCUGAACAGGUUGUGUGUAUAGGACUUUGCUCUAUGUACCUGCUUACACUGUAAGCUUGUAAAGAAUUUACAGAAGCUGUAGAGAGAAGUAGAGGAGAAUCCAUUUCACCAUCUUGGAUUAGACUGCUUGUUAUCUUUGGUAUAAUAUAAUUUAUAUAUUUUUUGCCAAGUUACUGUGCUAUAAAUAUUAACAUAGCAAAAGCUUGCCAUGUUAUCCUAUUUGAGUUGACAAACUCAUCUUGUUAUCAGCUAGCACUGGGAUAAAAUGUUAGUUGAGAUUAUCCACUGUUACUUAACAUUUGCCAGUACAUGAUCUUAUAUGGGGAUAUACAACGAAGUGUUGAUGGAUAGCUAUUUGAUUUUAUAAAAUGUGCCUUGUAUUUUUUAAGACCUCUAAAUAAGAUUUUUUUUUUUUGUAACACAUUUGAGUUGGGUGUUUUCUUUUGUUCUUUUACAUGCAAUUCAAAAGUGGUUCAACUUGACUAGUUCAGCUUGCCUGGCUUCACGUAACAAAGAUGAUUUUCCUAGUGGUUAAUUAUAAGCGUGACAACUGUAGCUGUAAUGUCUAAAUGGGUAAAGUAAAAUUUACCUAAUGACACAUUUGUUUAGAGAGCAAUGAAAGUAGGAUGUUUUGUGAUGGUAUUUCAGAGGAUCAAGCUAAAGUAGCAAUAUUAAUAUAUGUCUCAUUAAGGAGCAGAGAGUUUACAGCUUUAGAUGACAUGGAACACAAACACUUCUUGGACACAGUUUUCUCUUCCUGUUUCCUGACAAAUUCAGGGAAAAAAGGCAUAUUUAUUACUGAGCUGAAGGUGUUAGCACCCUUACUGGAAAGUAACUGUGAAUAAGAGGCUGGAGUUCACUGUAAGAAUUUGAAAUGAAGAGAGUUACACUGUCUUCACAAAAGGCUGUCUGAACUCUUACCAUAGUCUGUUCCCUUUAUCUUGCUGAGCAUCCCAGUAUGCUUCCUGGCCCAUAUGCAGUAGUGAGUAAUAUGAAGAAAGGGCAUCCAGUUCAUGUACUUACAGACCUACCUGUGUUCUGUCAGGAGUACAAAGGUUAUAGGUUGUAUGUUGUAAAGAUGAUAAAUUGUGAGUGUAGCUGUAUAAUACCACAAGGAGACUGCUUAUGAUUCACAGAUGACUGUUAAAUAUCUAAAAUAUGACAUGCUUAAUAUAGCCUGUCUUUUGGGGGACAAAAUUUAUUUCUUGACAUUAUUUAAUCAGAAGUGCACUAAGCACUGUUUAUGUAUCUAUACUCUGUUCAUUGUUUCUUUCCUGUCAUUCCUAUCAAAAACAACUCUGUAUUAAUCACCUCAUGUGAAGGUAAAUACUCUUCAUCUUGACCAUUUCUCCCUUCUAGCUUUCAUCUGCAGGUUGGCAAAGCAGGCUGCAAUAAAGGAUCUUUCUUACCUGUGGCAACAGUGGAGUUCUGCCAAUUACAGGAAUAAGAAUUAGAUGGUACUCCAGUAUGUUGAAAGCUUGUUGAGAAAGAAGUUUUAAUAAACAGAAUUAUUUCUUUUU